AUGCGCCACUUCGAGGAUAAUGCAGUCAGCAUUACGGAAGAUCAGAUGGAUGUCAAAGAGGACGGAAAGGCUGGUAUCACGUACUGGGCCCAUGGUCUUAAGGCUAUUUGUCCGGGAGAAAGAUAUGAUGAGCUUGUGGCGAUUUUGAAGGGCGGUACUCAGAAACUCCGUCGCAAAGAAGAUGGUCAUCCUGAACAAAUGCCCGGAGCAACCAGCGAGACAAUCGAAGGUCGUCACAAGUUCAUGGCUGAAAUCGAGUUAUUCAUAGAAUUAACUCCUCUUAAACAGAUGCUUGGUCAGCUAUACCAAAUCACGAAUCCCCAAACCUUUGAGCGAGCGACGGAGAUUGUAAGCCACUGGCGCGAGAGAAGUGGCCACGGUGGCCUUGUGUUCACCCUUGAGAUUCCGGAUACCGACACCGGAUACUUCGACGAAGUGGAAACUGUCAUGCUCGCUUGGGGUGACUAUAAGAGAGGCGAAGAAGGGGAACUAUACAUCCCGGCCCUCAACAAGAAGUACGUCAUGUACGGGGAUAGUGUCAUCUUCGUGCGAACCGGCCUAUACCAGCAUUUCGUGGAACCGGUGCAUGGAUCCAGCCAGCGGCACAGCAUGGUCAGCGUUGUUACAGCUGACAUGGCCGAUUUCGACGCGCUCGAGCUUCCCCCAACGCCAGCGGAGGUGGUUGCUUAUCAGGAAGUGGCAAAAGACCCCACUGAGAUUAAGACAUGCAAAUUUUGCAUGAGAGAAUUCAAGAAUUUUACUGGACCCAAAGGCCAUCCCUCGGCAGCGAUCAGGUAUAAGGGAGGCGAUGAGAAGGACGAGUUUGAAGCAAGAAAUGCGAUUCUCAAGGAAUAUAAGUAG